GUUGCUUCUUUGUAAAAUUUUGAAAAUUCAAGUGAAUGCUGGAGAAAAAUCACUGUCAAAGGUUUUUAUGUUGUUUUUGUUGGAAACUGAGGAAAUAUUCACCGAACUCUGUACAAUAUGAAGCAAUAUCAUCGUGAAACAUGCGGAAAAUGAGCACGACACUGCAAAAAAGGACUUAUUUUGUGUAUUGUAACUACAAGGUUAUAGUAAAUCACAUGGUGAUUGUCGCGUGUUAAAUUUUGUCUUUGUUUGACUUCGUUUGUACUUUUUUUACACUUUCUGUUUACCCUACCCGAGCGCUGUUGGUUUGUGUUUAUUGAAUGGAAGGAGCUACAGAAGGUGAUGCUAACUUGACAAACAGUGAAGACAAACUACAGGAUAUAACUGAUGGGAUUUCAAAUGAUUUAGUUCUGGGUGCAGAGAACAACCAUUCUGACCCAAAAAAGGUCGUGCCAGUUGUAAAUUUACCAGAAACCACUUUGAUCCCAGUAAACUCCAUGCCGUGCAGGGAUGGCAACUGUGGACACUCUCAUCAGUCACAGUUGUUACCCCUGGGCUACACGCCACCACCCAUUUCUGUUAGAAGGGUGAAAUUUGAUGAACAUGGUGACACACAUGAAAUUGAGGUGGAGGGUCAUGGAAAGGUCACCAUUAAUUAUCUAAACUAUGAAUCUGAAGCACAGAUGAAGGAUAUAAUGGCAUUAAUAACGAAGGAUCUUUCAGAACCAUACUCUAUUUAUACAUAUAGAUAUUUCAUACAUAAUUGGCCAAAACUCUCAUUCUUGGCGUACUGUGGGGAAACCUGUAUUGGUGCUAUAGUUUGUAAACUUGAUCUUCAUAAAAAGAUGGCAAGAAGGGGAUAUAUAGCAAUGUUAGCUGUUGAUAAUUUAUACCGAAGACAUCAAAUAGGAAGUAACUUAGUUAUAAAGGCUAUACGAAUGAUGAUAGCACAAGGUUGUGAUGAAGUGGUAUUGGAGACUGAAAUAACGAAUGUUGGGGCAUUACGACUGUACGAAAACCUGGGUUUUGUUCGUGACAAACGUCUUUUCAAAUACUACUUAAAUGGGGUCGAUGCUCUUCGUCUAAAACUCUGGUUGCGAUGAGACGGACUGCGGGAAAACACAUGAUUCAUGAUCAAUACAAAAAACUUAGAUAUGCUAAUUUUUGUCAAUUUUGAUACAAUUUCUUUUAAUAAUAUCUCAAUG